CCCUCUCUCUCUCUCUCUUUGAUACCGGAGUCAGACCGAGCAGCGGACGGACCUUUCACCGUGUGUGUUUCUCUCCCCGCAGAUGAUGGCUCGGUUCCGGACGCUUUGGACCGGGAUCCUGGUCCUCCUCACGGCUGGUCCUCCUGCCGUCGUCCGCUCUUUCAGCCACCUGAGCUUCAACCUGUGUAAGUGGUGUGAGUCGUCCAGUCCUGUGUGUGAAGACCGCGUCUGCACCAGUAACUGCACGCUGUCCUCCUUCUGCACCGUCACCGAGGAGAUCUGCAUCGCCAUAUGGAGAAAGACCAACGACACGAUGACGGUUCACACGAUGUGUCAUAAUCCCUCCUUGCCACUAGAGGGCGUGGACCCCGGUCUGCUGCUCAACUUCACCUCAAGAGAGUGUCACAUGGUCCCACAGCCUGCAGAUGAUGGGGCCAUGAUGGUCUGUGGUUGUCAUGUAGACCACGAGUGUAACGACAGACUGAUCUUCGACAAGGGAGCCAACGGAUUUUCCAAGCUGCAGAGUAAAGACGUGAUCCCGGUGGUGGUCGUGAGUUUGGUGCCCCCUAUCCUGGUUGCCAUAGUUGCCACGGCCGCCUUCUACUUUUACCGCACACGCCGUCCUGACAAACCCAGCCCUCCUGUGCGUCCUGACUGGCCCACAAAACGCACCCCAGAUCUCUACCAGGCUUUUGACUUGCCAUGUGGGGGUCUCGGGCCUAGACGUGAUGGUGGAGGUGGUGUGACAGGUCCUGGUGCUGAAAUGGAGGAGUCUAAUGCCAAGUUGCCAAACAACGACAACAUCAGUGACAUGACAGCUUGGCAGGGACAUCUGGCUGAACCACUGCCCAUCAAGCUGGAAGCUGUGGUGGGGAAGGGGCGCUUUGCAGAAGUGUGGAGGGGAUGCCUGCUUGACGGGGAGAAGGGGGGAGUCAGCAGUUAUGAAACUGUGGCAGUGAAGGUGUUUCCAGCUGUAGAGUACGCCUCCUGGAGAAACGAGUGCUCCAUCUUCUCAGACCCAAAGCUGGAGCAUGAUAACGUGGUGCGAUUCUUUGCAGCCAUGGAAAGGGGCCCGCCUGGCCACGCCCUUAGGAAGUACUGGCUGGUUUUGGCCUAUCACAGCCUCGGGAACCUGCAGGACUUUCUCUCUGCAAACAUACUCACCUGGGAGGAACUUAUUGCCAUGGCAGGCAGCAUCGCUAGAGGAUUGGCUCAUCUCCAUAAUGACACGACUCCCAGUGGGGUUCCAAAGGUUCCAGUUGCCCAUCGGGACCUGAAGAGCAGUAACAUUGUGGUAAAGAGCAGGAAGGAGUGCGCUCUGUGUGACUUUGGUCUGGCGUUGAGAUUGGACCUCUCCCUUACUGCUGACGACUACGCUAACAGUGGACAGGUUGGAACUGCUCGCUACAUGGCUCCUGAGGUCCUUGAGUCAAGGGUGAACCUGGAAGACCUUGAGGCCUUCAAGCAGAUGGAUGUUUACUCCAUGGCUCUGGUCCUCUGGGAGUUAGCAUCUCGCUGCGAGGCCAUAGGUGUUGCAGAGGUAAAGAGCUACGAGCCAGCGUUUGGCUCCAAGGUUUGUGAGCAGCCCUGUGUGGACAGCAUGAGAGAUCUGGUGCUGAGGGACCGAGGACGGCCGGAGAUCCCCUCAACGUGGACGCAGCACCAGGGGAUGGGUGUCUUCUGCUCCACCAUCACUGAGUGCUGGGAUCACGACCCUGAGGCCAGACUGACGGCUCACUGUGUGGUGGAGCGCUUGAAUGCCCUGCAGCAGGAAGAGGAGGAGGGAGGAAGGCAGGAGGAGGAAGAGGAGGAUGUGAGGAGAGGAACUGACAGAGAGAGUGAUAAGGAAUCAGAGACACCAGACAAUAAUCAGAGUCCUUCCUACACCACUGCUGCUUCAUCACCCUCCUCCUCUUCCUCCUUUCAGAUCCCUCAGCCAGACUCACAGACAGAAGGAACAGAGGUUUCCCAAGAUUCCCUGGUUCACUCUGGUUCUGUGGUGUAAACUGUGCACCUCAUCAUACAAACACUUUGGGCCUUUUUCAUCCUGUUGCUGGCUGUGUUCCCGUAUUUCUGUAACGGGACCAAAGAAACUGAAGGACUGAGUAACCUGACUGUAGUGGCAAAUAAUGCAAUUUAUUGACUGACACCAUGAAGCCGACCCCAUCCAAUGGAGUUUACCACUAUAGACACUCUGACAGCAUGUUCGCCGAUCAGCUACGACUUAAAUAUAGUCUGCGGAUAAAGAUAGCGAAAAACUUUGGUGAUGUACUGACGUCACCUCUAGUGCCACAGGCAGGUUAAAAACAAGGUAAGGGUGACCAUAUUCUCAAACCCCCAAACUGGAUCCCAAACUUUAUCAGGUGUAUUUUUUCAGAAUUGGGAAUAAUUACUUAAGCUCUUAGCACGUCCCAAGUGCACCAUUCAAUGACCGGAUAUUAACGAGACAGCCUCCUGGGGCUCGUCAGAGGAGAGACAGAUUGUUUGCAAUAUGAGGAGCGAGGGGCAGAAACCAAUCUGACGCGAUGCAAUCAUGUAACCCAUUGGCAGUCAUCCGAGGACAUUAGCUUCAAUCAAUGUCUUUACAUAGAUAUCAGCAUGCAAGUGCAGCUUACAGUCUGUAAGCAACUUGUCACUUCCCAAGCUGCUAGUUGGACUAGGCAACGUGAUUUAAAGAAUUCUUUUCUAGAAGUCUUUUAUUGGUAAACUGCUGGCUGCACCAAAAACCUUGCAAAGUUGUCCGUAGUUCGAUGGGUUUGUAUCUUUGUUAGAUGAUAGCCAAUGGGUUUCAGGUUGGUUGCACAGGUAUUUGAUCAUUAUUAGGGCUGUCAGUGUCGCAUACCAUUUUGUCCCUUCAGGCUCACCGUAGAUAGUCGUCCUCAGUGUCUCCCUGUAGUCUCAAUGAUGUAAAAUAAGGACACUGCUGCGUCUUUGAAUGUCUCAUUUAACAAACUCUCAGACAGCUCUGCUGACGAGUCCAAAGUAAUAUCCACCUUAUGACAUCGCACGUUGACCUUUGUUACCGUUCCUUUGAGCUGUUUGACUUUACUUAUCAAUCCAUGACGAGUUCCCUUUUCCGCGGUUACGUUAAUGUCGGAACAUUUGAUCUACAGGAAGUUAGUACUCUGAGUUAAAGACAGUACAAGAAUACAAAAUAAAAGCACAACAAAAAUGCUUUUAAAUGCAAUAUAAUGGAAUUGCAAACAUUUGAUUAAAUGAAACGUUUGAAAACUGAAAUUCAAAAAUCUAUCGUUUGACAGCCCUAUGCAUUAAAGUAUUGGAAAUUAAUACUCAGAGGAUCACCAAGGUGUAACAAAAUGCCUUUAGCCAUCCUUCAAUACUUCAAGAUUCUUCACCAAAAGACACAAUAUAAAAAUGCUGAUGUGAGAUGUGUCAGAGAAUCUCCAAAGUUAAAACUGUUUUUUUACCAAGGAGAGAAAUGGAUACCUGAACCUAAAUGUUAUCACAACUCAUUCAACCAAAGCUGAGAUUAAGUUUGGACCAAACAGAUCCAAGGGUUUAAACUUGUUAUCUCUAUCGUCGUGAUAAGUCAAGGCUGAAUAAUCAGCGAUCUUGACUGGACAAUGAUCUAACAGCGCGAAUACAGAUAACCCUGCAGAGAGACGGUCAGAUUUUAGUUUUCUCCUCAGGAUGUCCUGAAGAGACAGAAAACCAAAGACUGAGUUCAUGCUUUGAAGGAUAAAAUCACUUUUGACUGAGCUGUAAUGGAAAUCCUAAACUCUCCCGAGGACGUCAGUCCUUUUUCUGCGGGCGGAGAUUUACACUUAACUGUUUUUUUGUUGUAUGUGAAUUUUCAUUUUGUUGGAGCUGGACUCCAUAUUUCUUUAAUUGCUACUGUUUUUUAUCACUUGUGUAACCUACAUGAAUAAACUGUAGAGAGAC